GAACUGGAAGAGCAAAGUAAGAGCAGACGAAAGAGAUGGCCCGAAACGGUUCUGCAAACGAUAGCAUUCUUCACAGAAGAAAGGAAGACGUCGUUCGUUGUCUCUGCAAAUACCUCCACUUGGAUCCCAAACGUUCUCCAAGCGAAAUCAUCGGGGGAAAUGACCUUAAGGAGUUGUUUUCAAACAUUUUGAAGGUUUCAGGAAAUAGUGUUGAUCUUGGAAACAAGGAGGUGAUGAAGUGGCUGGAGUUUGCAGAGAGUUUCCCUACUGAUGCUGAAGCCUGCAAUGAGGUUCUCAAAGGAUUGAAUGAAGAAUUGAUCCAAAGAUCUGUUCUCCUGGGAAAUGGACUGAAACCUACUGAAGUUGACAUUUUUGUGUUUUCGGUGCUGUAUUCCUUUGUGAGUGGCCUUUCAAUCUCAGAGAGACUGAAGUUUCCACAUGUGAUAAGAUGGAUGGACUACAUUCAGUGCAAGGAGGAUCUCUUGGAAUUAUUUGAGAAGAAGAUCUCAGUGGAGAGAACAGCAUUUGAGCCUCCAUGCCCGCAAAGUAUAGAAAAGGUGGAAGCAAGUACAAGUACCGGAAAGAAUGAACAAAACUCAAAGAAUGUUGAAAAGACAGAAGCAGACCUGAAGCCAAAGAAAAGUGUUGCUGAGAAAAAAGCUGCUGAAGAAGUUAAAACUACCGAGAGAAAGAAUAAGUUACCAGAAAAAGUAGCAGUUGAGAAGGAUAUGAAAGCAGUUGAGAAUGAUAUAGAAGUUCCCGUUAGUUUACUUAAUGUACAGGUUGGCCUCAUUAUCAAGGCAUGGAAGCAUCCAUCUGCGGACAGUUUACUAGUUGAGGAGAUAGACUUGGGAGAUGGUAACAAGCGGCAGGUGGUCAGUGGUCUUGCAAAGUAUUGCAGUCCAGAUGAGUUAAUAAAUCGUCAUGUGGUGCUAAUUACAAAUGUUAAGCCCGGAAAGCUGCGAGACGUAAUGUCUGCUGGACUGGUGCUGUGUGCUUCUAAUCAGGAUCAUACGGUUGUGGAGCCGUUGCUUCCUCCAGAAGGGGCUAAAUGUGGGGAACGCAUUUCAUUUUCAGGGCAUGAUGGAAAGCCAGAGGAUGUUCUAAAUCCCAAAAAGAAACAAUUGGAGAAGAUUACACCGCAUUUUUACACAGAUGACAAGGGCGUGGCUACUUUCAAGGGAAUACCAUUUAUGACUUCUACAGGUCCAUGCACAUCUUCCAUUCCCAAUGCAGGUAUCAAGUGAGCUUAUGGAGGUGUUAAACAGGCUUAAGUUUUGAAGUCUACUAUGUCCCAUCAUGCUGCAAAUCUCGUGGCACGUGGGAUGCAAAUGUAAAAUGCUUCGAGGUUAGAGACCCCUGGCCUUGUGUUCACUUACAAGGGUAUUCUUCCUUUUCUGAUGGAAGUAGAAUGAUAUGUGGACUGUUCUCUGCUUGUUAAUUGAUUGAAGAGGACAUAUCAGAGCAGGUUUUUUUU